UUUCGGUAACAACUCCCGAGCGAAGGUCUGAGCACUUACGGCUAUUGCGGUGCAUACUCGUAUACAUCGUUUCAUUAUUAUAAAAUGUUUAAAAUUAAUGGGGUAGUGUUAAUGGUUCAGUAAUUAGCGUACCUAAUUGAAGACUUUAAUUAGCAAUGUCAGACCACGAACUGAUGGAGGACGAUCAUGAAAUAAACGUUUUAGAUACAGACAGUCGUUUAUCAAAUAGUGACAGUGAGCCAAGAAGUUCAAGGAGUCAUUGCUCAAGCCCGGAAACGGUGCCGAAUUCGCAUUCAUCGACAACUACAACACUACCAUUCAGUAUAUCUAAUUUAUUAGGCAAACACCUCGAAGACAAAUCGGAACCCGAAAGUCCCGAAAUUUCCACACACUUAUCUUAUCAUCCGCAUGGAUUACCUCCACCGAGAGGCGUCGGUGCUUUUAUUCCUUCGGGUUACUAUGGACAGGGUGUGUUAAGGGUGCCAGCGCAUCGACCUGUUGGAGGACCCACAAGCCCCGGAACUGUUUUUAAUCCAUGGGCUUUGAGUCUGGACCCCGUCUUGCAAAGAUCGGCGGCCGCAGCUGCCUUUGCUUCGCAAGUUGUUAAAGAAAGGUUAUCAGCGUUUCCUAUGGUAAGGCGAAUCGGCCAUCCAUAUCAGAAUAGGACGCCGCCGAAACGAAAAAAACCACGAACGUCGUUCACUAGAUUACAAAUUGCCGAAUUAGAGAAAAGGUUUCAUAAACAAAAGUAUCUGGCGUCGGCGGAACGGGCGGCUCUGGCGAAAAGCCUGAAGAUGACGGACGCACAAGUAAAAACGUGGUUUCAGAACAGAAGAACAAAGUGGAGGAGACAAACGGCGGAAGAACGAGAGGCCGAGCGGCAAGCAGCGAAUCGAUUAAUGCUGUCACUUCAGGCUGAAGCCCUCAGCAAAGGAUACAUGCCAGAAGCGCCGCCAUCCUCGACGGGUCCCGGCGAUACGGCCCUUAGCGCCUUGCAAAAUUUACAGCCCUGGGCAGGUCCUUAUAACACACCUCAACCCGCAUUAGCCGAAUCAAUAUGUUAGAACCGCAUCGCCGUUCUAUUAAGGACGUAUUUUUGCUGUGACUAUUAAACCGACUUAAUUCUGUAAAUAGUGGCCGUACUUAAAAUAAUAAGUGCAAUAAUUAUAGCAUAUUAAAGAAACAAGACACGAACUUUGCUUUUUCGUUGAUUCCGUGUAAAAUCUGAUAACUGAAGAGGCCGUACUGAGAAUUGCUGUAUUUAUAAUUAAAUAAUUGAUAUUAAUAACGCUGUACUUACAGAAAAGUAGUGUGAUCUAUAUGUAUAAUAAAUUAAAUAAUUGUAGAUACGUUAAGUAAUUACUGUAAGCACAAGAAUACUACAUUAAGGUAAAUACAAUGUA